CCUUUUUUCUUUUACGUGUAGAGAGUAAACGUUGGAAACUGGAAGCAAAAUUACAUGCAAAAUGAUUUUUGUAAAUUUGUUUUUACGUAUUGUAUUUAUUCUUGUGUUGUUUGUGGGAAUAAUUUUUGCAAACCAAGAAGAACCAGUAUGUACUUCACGAUUUGACUAUGACCACAAAAUGUUACAGAAAAUGAUAAUGUUAGAAAUUGAACAAAGAAAUACUAAAACCAUGUUGGAGGAAAUUAAAGCGGCGCUUUCUAAACAGAAAGACGAGAGCAAUCAGGACAAGUCCAUGUUGAAAACAAUUGAGGAAAAAGUUAGAACAAUUGAAAGUAUGAAUUCACUAGCUGGAACGGGAAAUGCGUAUGUGAGAUGGGGAAGAACACAGUGCCCAGAAAAUGGAACAGAGUUGGUUUACAAAGGUUACGCUGGUGGUUCCCACUAUAGUAAUAAAGGAGCUUCCGCCAACUAUUUAUGUCUACCGGAAGAACCGUUGUGGAAUGUAUAUGAAGACGCUGAGCAGACUGGAGGCACUGUCUGGGGAGCAGAAUAUGAAUUGUAUGGUAGAAAUAUGAAUAAUUUCUUUGAAAAAGGAGUGGCAGAACAUGACGUUCCGUGUUGUGUAUGUCGCACGAACAGGGCAAGCAUUCUAAUGAUUCCAGGCCGGAAUAAAUGCUAUGAUGGAUGGACAUUGGAAUAUGAAGGCUACCUGUCGGGCGGACAUGAUACACAUCAUGCUGCUGAAUUCGUUUGUCUUGACACGGAACCGGAGGUAGUGGAAGGCGGACACGCGGAUAAAAAUGGAAAACUGUUCUAUUUUGCUGAAGCACGUUGUGGAUCAUUACGAUGUCCACCAUAUGUUAAUGGACGUGAGCUGACAUGUGCUGUCUGCUCUAAAUAAAAUAUAAUAACGUAGCAAUCAUUUAAUAGGUAGAUGCAUGUUUUAUUUAGAGAAAACUUAUCACUUACCGGUUCUGAAAAUCUAAUCGUUCUUUUUAAAAUUCAAACAAGAACAUGCUUUUAAGAAAAAGGUACGGUGUCCUCAUUUACUGCCUUUUAGAAAAGAGCCCAUUGUCAAGUUUUUUUUUAUAUAAUUGCGCAUUUUAACAAUUGAGUUGUUGUAUACUGCAAACCGCAAUAGAACACUCAUUACAUGUUACAAUCUGGAGUAACGGCAAAACAUCAAAUGGCUUGCUCAUAUGCUUGACAUUUUUGAUAAAGUUACACACAUAAUUUGCAUUAUGCGAUAUUUUUAUUUCAUAAAGGUGAAUAAGAACAGUUUAAAUUACUUUAUUUGUAAUACUUCUAAGAAAAUAGUACAUGGUUGAAGAUGCUUAACUUUUAAUGAUCCUGACAUAUUAUCAAUGUAUUCAAACGCGUUGCCAUAGAAACUUAAUAUACAUUCAAUGAAUUACAAAAUAUAAAUUGGUUUAUUAUAUGAUUAUAUUUUCAAGUUAAUGUCCGCCGUCAGUCUCAAUCUCAAGACUUAUAAAACUUACAGAAUCAUAUAACAUAUAUGUGAGAACUUAUACUGUUACAUACUGCUUGACCUUUGGCUAAUUGUGCGUCAAUGUAAUACAAGGAGCCAAUCAAACCAAUCUUUUCCUUCGUUCGGCAAAAUAUACGUUAGUAUAAUCUCAGUUUAUAUUAGAAAUAGGUCGUGUUUUAGCAAAUUUGACUUUUCAUAUCUAAUCUUGAACAUUUUCAGCUUGACUGCUGACUGUGUUUGACUAUAAACAAUUCUAUUGCAAAAUAAACAUUUAUCAAAUCAUAGCAUAUUGCGUUUAAACUUUUAGUGACACCUUUAUGUCAAAUAAGAUAUGUUUAUUAUGCUACUAUAAAUUGUAUACAAAUAUAAAUAGCUAUAGAGAAAAAUAAAUCAUAU